AUUGUUGUGACAAUGGAUAGAACGAUGUACGGAAAAGUUCACCCUGGGGCCACUUACAUACCAUACAGGAUUACCUCUAAAAAAGCUGAAGCACCUGGUUAUGCUUUGUUGGCUGACCUGCAGAACACCAUUUCUCCUGAGGGAGUUCACCAGCAUCACCACGUGGGCAACAACCCAACCCCUGGCUACGGUUCUCUGAAUGGAUCCAGAAAUCAUGGAGCAAAUGUCUAUCGAUCUUACGACACUCGGACUUCUUCACUUCCACCGCAGUCGCCAACGUAUCAAAAUCGAGAGGUAAUUGAGGAGGCAGUAAUGACCAGUGCAUCUCAACCGUCGGGAAAAAUGCCAUCAUUGAACAACAAUCUCUCAGAACUUGAUACUCUCCUUCAAGAUUUAAGCAAUGCUCGUUACAAUUCUCACUUCCAGGAGCGAGACGCUAGAUCAGUGAUCGGAGGACAGAAUGGCGGGACCGGCAGCCCCAUGAUACGGUCAUCAAGUAGUUUGUCAACAUCCAGGCCUACUGUUGACUCACUUCUCGAGGAGUUGAGCACUGCUGUACCUUAUGUUGAAUAUCCACAAGAGGGACGUGUGAAAGUGACAGUUCAAGAAACGUCGACCGAGGUCCAGCCAGUAUACGAGCCCAUGUCUUUUUCGCAAGCUGAGGUACAUCGAGGAUUUUCCAAUGGCCAUGCGGCAAGUAGUGCAACCAAGGAACUAGACGACCUCAUGGCAUCACUCUCUGAGUUUAAGAUCAACUCAGGAAGUCAUCAGCUGCAAACAGUGACAGACUCACCUUACGCAAAGCCUAACAAAGCGACGAAGAGUAGUCCAAGUCCAUUACCUCAAGAGCCAAGUGCGGCCCAGACACGAAUUCACAUAACAGAGACCCAAACAUCCCAUCAAUAUCAACCCCUACAGGGCGAGAGUAGUCACACGACCACUCACAUCAGACAGAACCAGCUGGAUUCUAUGCUUGGUAAUCUCCAGGCAGACAUGAGUAGACAAGGUGUCACUACAACCCAGAAGGGAUGCUGCAGUGCUUGCGAAAAGCCCAUUGUUGGCCAAGUCAUAACAGCACUUGGAAAAACAUGGCAUCCUGAACAUUUUACUUGUACUCAUUGUCGCGAAGAGUUGGGGACUAGGAAUUUUUUUGAAAGAGAGAAUCAUCCUUACUGUGAGAAUGAUUACCACAAUUUGUUCUCACCGAGAUGUGCUUAUUGCAAUGGACCGAUUUUGGAUAAAUGUGUAACAGCAUUGGAGAAGACUUGGCACACUGAGCAUUUCUUCUGUGCUCAAUGUGGAAAACAAUUCGGUGAGGAAGGUUUCCAUGAGCGAGAUGGUAAACCAUACUGUCGUGAGGAUUAUUUUGAUAUGUUUGCACCGAAAUGCGGUGGUUGCAACCGUGCUAUCAUGGAAAACUACAUCUCAGCCCUUAAUAGCCAGUGGCACCCAGAUUGCUUUGUCUGCAGGGACUGCAAGAAAGCUGUCUCUGGAAAAUCAUUUUAUGCUAUGGAGGGCAAACCCGUCUGUCCGAAAUGCGUGGGUGUAGAUGAGGAAGAAGAAGAGGAAGGAGAAGAGGCACAAAAAUUCCAGGGUGGUUCAUUUUUUGAUCAUGAGGGUCUUCCCUACUGCGAAACUCAUUACCAUGCGAAACGAGGAUCUCUCUGUGCGGGAUGUCAUAAACCAAUCACAGGCCGUUGCAUAACUGCGAUGUUCAGGAAAUUCCACCCCGAGCAUUUUGUCUGUGCAUUCUGCCUGAAGCAGCUCAACAAAGGAACAUUCAAGGAACAGAAUGACAAGCCCUACUGCCACGGUUGCUUCGAGAAGCUGUUCGGUUGAUCCUCUAAAAAGCUUCAGAAAAGUUACUCACAAAAAUUUUAAAAGAAGCACGAUGAUUGAAAUUACAAUCAAUGAGGGAAUUUUGAAAAUAAUAAUUACUGCAAUACAAGAUAUGAAUUCCUUCUGAAUUUUUUUGAACUUGUUAUAUUUAUGAUUAUUUUUUCCCCUAGACUUCUAACAGAUUUCCAAUAGAAUCAUUGCGAUAUAGGAGAACCUAUAGGGGUUUUAAAACGGAUAUUUUCCGUUACCACCGGCAAUUGACAAAAUAUGCGCAAGUAAUUUUCAUGAUCGAAUUCUAGGGAAAAAAUAAUCCGAAAAAUACCCCUCGAGCUUGAAAAAUGAUCGGAUAUUUCCCUUCCCUUUCCCUGCAAUAGGAGAAUGUCAAGUUCAUUUAUAUAUAACGAAGUUGUCAGGAAAUGAUCAAUCAUUCCGAAGCUCUUGGGGUAUUACUAAUGAAUAUUUAUGUACAGUUGUCAUUAACUCUUAAUUAAUCCUGGAAUUUAAUUUUUUCUUAUUAUUUUUGAAUUGAUUUUUAAUGUGACAGUGGAAAGAGAAAUUUUAUCAAUAUGAAGUUUUAGAACUAAUAGAUAUUUUCAGUUGCAAUUUAUGGUACUAUUAAUACAGUAUUAAGUAAUCCACUCAAAUAAUGAAAUUAGUUGUUCGAUGAAAAUGCCAAAUAGCGACUAGAAAAUCUACAAUGUGAAAAAAUGUACGAACAAACUUGUUUUAACUGAACAAGGAGAAGUGAAUAACAAAUUGAAACAUCAGUUUUAUACGAAAUCAGGCUCCAGAUUGUUUAUUUGUACAAUCAACGGUGUUGUUUUCUCAGUAAACAUUGAUAAUCCUAAACAUUAAGAAAACGUUCAAUAAAUACACGACCAUUAAAAGAU